CUGUGUGAUGAUGAUGAGUGCGACACACAGUUGACCAACCGGUCACGUUACAGUUCUGUAAUAUCACCUCUUCGUCUCAUCUCAAGAUUCACAGCAGCUGGGAUCGAAACUCAAAGGCUCCUCGCUAUAAAGCUGCUAUUCGCUGGGUGAAGGGUCAGAUUAGAUAAGAGAGAAGAGUCAAGAAUCAGUCCGCCGCGCCGGCUCGCUGUAAACACGGUAAACGCGUCGACAUGAGGAGCUUACCGUAUUUCUGCCGGGGACAGGUGGUCCGCGGAUUCGGUCGAGGAAGCAAAGACCUGGGCAUCCCAACAGCGAACUUCCCAGAGUCGGUUGUGGACACUCUCCCCGCUGACAUUAGCACAGGAAUCUAUUACGGAUGGGCAUGCGUGGAUAACGGAGACAUUCACAAGAUGGUGAUGAGCAUCGGCUGGAACCCUUACUACAAAAACACUAAGAAAUCCAUAGAAACGCAUGUGAUCCACACUUUUAAGGGAGAUUUCUACGGUCAGAUAUUGAGUGUGGCCAUGGUCGGCUACAUUCGCCCUGAGAGAGGAUUCGAAUCUCUUGAUGAGUUGAUAGCAGCGAUUCAUAGUGACAUUGAGGAGGCGAAGAUAAAGCUGGACCUGCCUGAGCACUUGAAACUGAAAGAGCAUCAUUUCUUCAAGACGUCAGUGUCGACAAGAGCCAAUCAGAUCUUGAACGGUCAUCGACUGUAACAUUCACUUUCACCAUCACCUAUUUAAAGCCCGUUUAUUACUUAUGCAGUUUGUUGUUUUCUUUGUGUUAGAAAGAUUUCUGUCCCCGUGUGCUGCUUUGGUCAAGUGCAGGCACUAUAUGUAUUUGUUCAUAUGGUAUCAUUGCGUAGCCCUGUUGUUUCUAUAUUUAUCGCAAAAAGGAGGAUUCAGGUUACUUACUGGUGAAUGAAAAACACAGAGCCCUUCCCAGAAUUCCAUUUUAGAAUAGAAUAGAAUUCCUCCACCUUCACUUUAAUUUCAUUUUAGUUUUAACAAUAGUCAAAAUUGGCGUACCUCCUAUUUUAAGAUAAAAUGAAUGCUUUUUAUGGUUCUCAGAGAACCGUGCCCAGAGGUGGAAGUCCAAGGUUGAGAUAAAGCCCAGGUUGUUUGUAAUAUGAGCGCAAAACUGGGCAGAUGGAGAACAAACAGUGACUGAAGACAAAGUUAAUUAAUUUAAAUGGUCUUUUAAAUAUUUAAAUGUGUACAGAAGCUCUGCAUAGCAAACACUUGCUACUGUCUACAUGUGUUUUACUAAACCUUAACCUAAAAUAAAAUUGUACCCCACUUUCUUUUACUCUGAUACAUUUAGAGUUUACAUUAGUAAAGACACUCAAGAGUCAGGUUAGAUCAUGUAGAUUUACAAAUGAUCUUCUGAUUUACCUUAUAUCAUCAUGUUGUGUUCUUGUUGAUCUGAUGCUAGAAACACGUGCUGCUGGUUUAGUGUUAAACUGCAGCAAUCCUCUGUACAGGUGCGUCCACGACGUUAUUAGCGAGAUUUCACUGGCAAAAGAAAUGUUGAUUAAUUAUCAGUAGAGUGGGGAUGUAUGUUUACACAGAAAUCGGUUUCAAACCAAAUUUUCGCCACUUUCUGUUGGACAGAGCCGCAAAUCUGUGUGUGGUUAACAGACACGUGGACUUGGAUUUUGGCCGCGAAAAUUCGCUGAAGAACGGAAAAUGUGAUCGCACCUUAAUUUAGGAAUUAUUAGUAAAACGUUACUCUUUAAAAGCUGUUUGUUGAUUCUGUUACCUUCACCAUCUAUAUUCAUCAGACUGGGCCUUUAAUUGUUGAACCGCUGCUUCUGUAUAUAUCUGAUACUGUGUGCAUAUGUUUUCUGUUUCUUUUUUUCUUCUUUCUUGUUGUAGGUCAGGGCAGUGCCUUAAGUAUGUGAAAUCAGACUUAUUAAUAUACAGUGCACAACCAAGCAUUCCUUCAAUGUUGAGACCUGCUUGUAAGCAUUAAACAAAAAUGCCUUGUU